AUGUCCAGUAUCUCUAGUGAACGUAAAUAUGGCGGUGCUCACAGGAAAGGCAAAGAAGUAGCCGGUAGAAAUUAUCCAGAGCAGAGUACUUCUCAAUCUCGUCGUGCUUCCCCAAGACAAAGGUCUUUCAAUAGGUCCAGAGAAGGCUCGACUGAUUAUCCUGCUCAUGCUGGCUCUCAUGUCAAUAUCUCUGAUCCUGUUGCUUCUGCUGCUGCCAUAUUUGCUGCAUUUGAAGCAAAAGAGCUAGAAGCAAAAGAAAAACAAAGAGCAAAAGAAGUAGAAGAGUCCCCUGUUGUUAUUUCUUCUCAUUUCGAUGAUUCUUCAAGCGAAUUACUUGCCUUGCCGUAUUCCGAUACUUCUCCAGCAAUGGUUUCCCGUCUAGGUUCACGGGCCCAGAGGAGUAGGCCUCAAACCACACGUCUAAAACGUACGGCGGAGAGAACAUAUGCUAUUCCCAAGAGUAAGACCAGCCCUGCUACCGAUUAUCGUAUCCCAGAACAAAGUACUUCAGCCGCUGCAGCCGCGUUUGUACAUCCCAGCCAAACCAGUCGACCCAACCCAGCUGAAUAUGAUUAUAAAACUCUUGCACCGUGGUGUGCGAUUGAAUCUGAUCCAGAUGUCUUUACAGAAAUGACACAAAAACAAGGUGUCAAGAAUAUUAUUGUUCAAGAGGUUUUUGACCUCGAUUCUAAACUUCUCAAUGAUAAAAAGCAAAUUAUCAGAACAAAAUGUACAUGCGAACGGGUAUUACCUGAUAAUCAUACAAAGCCUGACCCUGAUGCAAAUGGAAUCCUUUAUUCAUGUCAAGUAAUACAGAAUGCCUGUGCUACGUUGGCUCUUUUGGGUGUUCUACUUAAUUCUCGUGAUUAUGUGGACCUUGGUGAAGAGCUAAUGCAGUUCAAAGACUUUGUUAAAGGCUUUGAUCCAAUAAGUCUUGGUUUGGCAAUUGGAAAUAGUAAAAUGCUACGUGAUACACAUAACUACUUUGCCACUGAGCAAGACAAAAAAGAAGCCGAGGCUGCACUUGAGGAAUACCGCAGACGAUAUUAUACAGCCAAAGAAGAAGAAGACUAUGAUGAAGAAGACAAAGAUGAAGAAGAUGAAGAAGAUGAAGAAAAAGAAGAAAUUUACCAUUUUAUAAGUUAUAUAUACAAAAAUGGAUAUGUUUGGGAACUUGAUGGCCUAAAUCGAGCACCACUUAAACUCGAUGAAUGCCAUUUAUAUAAUUGGACAAAUGUUGUAAAACCUUAUUUGGCUGCACGAAUGGAAAGUAAGGAGGAAGGAUUUUUAUUCAAUCUGAUGGCAGUUACGGAUGACAAUUUGCCGAUUCAACAUCGCACCAUAGCAGACAAGAGCCGGUUAAUAGAGGCAUACAGCCAGAGAGUUGAAUUAGAACAGCUUCGACUACCAGAAUAUUUAACUACCCUAGGCAAGCGUAAGCGUGAUUACCCAGGUAUUGGGUACACAAUCCAGGUGGAGAUAAUUGAGUACAUGAAGAAGAGGCAAAAAAUAUUAGCAGACGAUAUUAAACAAUUGGAGGAAGAUAUCGAAAAUGAGAACUUGGAGAGAGAGAAGACUAAGGCCAACAACCUAAGACUUGGCCAUGAUUACACUCCAUUUAUUGAGACAUUGUUUCAAAGGCUAGACGAGCAUGAAGCAUUAGUGCCUAUGUUAAAAGAAAAAUAA